AUGGACGCCCCGCCCGCCUCCACCUCCGCCUCCGCCGCGGGAUCGGCGUCGGACGCCGCCGCUGAGGCCGCGCCGCGCCGCCCGGCGGGGCACCGCCGCGCGCAGUCGGAGAUCCUCCUCGGGGCCUCCGCCCUCCCGGAUGACCUCACCUUCGACGCCGACCUCGGAGUCGUCGGGGAGGGCGGGGGUAGCGGCGGCGGCGGCGACGAAGAUGACGAGGACGAGUACGAGGAGGACGAGGAAGUCGGCGGCGGCGGAAGCGGGGGCAGCCGGAUGUUCGAGAUGUUCCUCCAGGCCGGCGGCAGGCUGUCCGAGCCGCUGGACCCGUCGCCGUACCCGCAGCCGCCGCCGCCCGCGCGGCCGCGGCACCAGCACAGCAUGUCGAUGGACGGCUCCACGUCGUUCGGGUCCGCCUCCUCCGGGGUGUCGGGGAGGCACGGCGCGGACGCCAAGAAGGCCAUCUCCGACGCCAAGCUCGCCGAGCUCGCUCUCGUUGACCCCAAGCGCGCCAAGAGGAUCAUGGCAAAUCGCCAGUCAGCUGCUAGGUCAAAAGAAAGAAAGAUGCGCUACAUUGCUGAGCUUGAGAGGAAAGUACAGUGUCUUCAAACAGAAGCAACUACACUAUCAGCUCAGUUGUCCCUGUUACAGAGAGAUACCAGUGGUUUAACAAAUGAAAAUGGUGAUUUGAAGCUGCAAGUGCAAACAAUGGAGCAGCAGGUCAGGCUGCAAGAUGCACUGAACGACAGACUGAGGGACGAGGUUCAGCAGCUGAAGAUUGCAACUGGACAGCUGAACGCCAACAAUGGAAGCCUGGGGAAUUUCGGCGGUCUGUCCUCGUACGGAGUCAAUCCACAGAGCUACCAGCGAAGCCAGAUGCAACAACAAUCUCUUCUGGCCGCUCAGCACCUUCAGCAGCUCCAGAUCCACUCUCAGCACCAGCAGCCCCAGAUGCACCUGCAGCAGCAACGCCUUGGCAGUGUCCGGCAGCAGCAGCAGUCGCAGCUGCGUCCGGAAGCACUGCCAUUUCCGGGAGACCUCAAGAUGAAGGGAAUUGCCAUGACAGCCCAUGUGCAGAAUGCGGGCCCGUCCCCUUUCGAUGGCCGCGCAAGGAGCGAGCCGUGA